CUGUGUUCAGAUCAUAUCAAGUGUUUCUCAGGGUUAUUCAAGAACGUAUUAAUAAUGUUUCACACGAUACAUGUUUUCUCUUUCUGCUUGUGGCUGGUUGGUGUGUUUGGUGAUGAAGUGAAGUCAGUGUCAGUGAUGGAGGGACAGAAUGUAACUCUACACACUAAUCUCACUGAACUACAGACAGAUCAUGUCAUUGUAUGGAGGUUUAAAGACAUCCGCAUCGCCAAAAUCAAGAGAUCAGACAAUAUUAAUCCCACAUAUAAUAAGACUGAGACAUUCAGAGACAGACUGAAGAUGAACAAUCAGACUGGAGAUCUCACCAUCACACACAUCACAUCUCAACACUCUGGACUUUAUACACUCAGAAUUAAUAUGACAGGUAAACUCAAUGUCAAGAAGAAUAUCACAGUUACUGUUUAUGCAAAAGAACAAACAAAUGGACACCCGAAUUAUAUCAUUCCUUUCUCUUGUGCCGCUGUUGGAUUUCUGGUGGUUGUAGCACUUCUGAUCAUCUGCAAGAAACAAAGAAACAAACAACAACAGGAUCAGACCCGUGAAGACCAGAUCACAUACGCUGAUCCAACAUUCUACCAACACGACACCAAAACAAAGGGCGCUCAAGAGGAGGAUACGGUGGUCUAUUCAGGUGUUGUCACAAAACGUUGAUUCGUCUGCUCUGAUACGACUAUGUUUGCUCAAUUUUGUUGUUCAACACAGAUUUUCUUUCAUUAAGUCAUUUUUUUUGAAUGUUGUGUCCUUACAUUUGAACUUACAAGCAAUAGAUUUGAUAGGAACCCUGAUGUUGUGUUAACUGGGAUUCGAACCCAUAACACAGUGCUGUACCAAGUGAGCUAAAAGAGCAUCAGCAGUCUUUUAUUAUCAGUAAUAGAUGAAGUCACAUAUAUCAUUCAUUUUAAUACUCACAAACAAAAAACAUUGAAAUAAUUUUGUAAAUGGUUAUUGUUGUUAUUCUGUGCUUAAGUUGUGAUCUGUUUUGUUUUGAAAUAAAAGAGCAUCACAAAGGCAUGAA